AUGGAUGGAACAGCACUCAAAGACCUGUUCAAUGGGUGGACGACAGUGCUGCACAGCCGCGAAGACCAAGUUCCCCCGUUCCAUGGGUUUAGUGAGGAUCCUGCAGCGGCUCUUGGGGUAAAUUCGAAGCCGGAAAAGUGGGUUUGCUGGGGUAAUGUGGUAAGGGGGAUCGGAAGAAUGGUGUUCAUUCUCAGGACGCUGAUUGCGAGAUUGUGGAUACCGACGUCGGAUGUUCGCAUUGUUUGCGUACCAGGCUGGUUCGUGUCCCAAUUGCGCGAGAAGGCUAUGAACGAAUUGACCGUGUCCGGUUCCGUGUCCGCAAGUCGCGACGGCAAGGAAGAAAAGUCGUUCAUCAGCGAAGGCGACAUCCUCCUGGCCUGGAAAGCCAGAACAUCAAUCGCGCCAUAA